CAUCUCAUACUAUUCACAAGAACAAUCUUAUAUCAAACAACGUUUCAAUCAUGGACCCUGAUCCCUACACUGAGAAGGCAGCUAAAGAUGCUUCACCUGAUGAAAAGGUUAAAGAAGUCGAAGCUAUCGUGGACACAGUUCAAACUGCUAUGUUCACGACCCGUCAUUCGGAUGGAACUUUAAACUCCCGUGCCAUGCAUCCAUCUUCGAAAAGAGGUUUAGUAUUCGAAUUCAUCGCUAAUAAUCAUUCUGGAAAGUUUGAAGAAAUCAACCAAGAUCACGCUUGUAAUGUCUCAUUUUACGAUACCUCAUCAACUGAUUGGGUAUCCGUAGCAGGUGAGGCCAAGGUCAUUAAUGAUCAUGAGGAGAUCAAAAAGAUUUGGAGUCCAUCUGUCAAGGCGUGGUUUGGUGACUUGGGGGACGGUAAACAUACUGGAAAUUACGAUGAUCCAAGAGUUUCAGCAAUUCAAGUCAUACCCACCGAAAUUCGUUAUUGGCAUGCAAAAAGUAAACUCUCACAAACUGUGGAGAUUGCUAAGGCUCGCGUGACUGGAAAUACUGCGGUGCCAGGUGUUCUCCGAGUGCUUAACUCAUCCGAGCUUACGAAACUUAGAGAGCUAUGCGGCAAAAACGUAUAAAGCUCUUUAGAAGCCUUUAUUAAAUAAAUUUGAGUUGCAUUGCAAGCUUUACUCAUCUCUUUCACAACAAAAUUAUUGAACCUAUCCUACAAAAAAAAUCGUAUCAUUGUUUUUGUUCAAUUUCAACAUUAUUCAUGUAUCCUUUUGCAUUUUGAAGAGUUCAAUAUCAUUUGCGCUGC